UGUACCGCCAACAGAUCUAAACCAAUCAUAUACUUUUUUUUCAAAUUUGUUCUAGCGUCGUUGACGCUUGGCGCGGCGUAGGUUUUGACUUUUGCAUUUGCUUUGAAGUUUGAUUUUGCUCUACAUGUUUAUUUUCCGUACAUUAAAUUUGAAUGAAUUUCUAAAAUCAUUUUUUUACUAUUACGAGACGUGUUAUGAUAUUAAUUUUACUAUUAAUUCACAAAAUUCAGUGGUUUUUUCAAGUUGGAAUGUCUUCGUGUGUGAUCUGAAACCUAAUUUUAGCAAGAAAGCUAUUUUAUUUCAUAACUAUAUGUUGAAGUGGCGUGUGUUUUUUAGAAUAAAUAAAAACAAACCAUGAUGUCUACAAGAAGCGGAAGAACGCGGCAGAGUAUGGUAGAGUCGAGUCCACCGCGCACUCGUAAAGGAGUAUCUCCUACUCGAUCUCCCGCCAGGAACCGCAAGAGCUCGCCAGCGGGUCGUCCGACUCCUAAAUCUCCAGCGCGCAAAUCGCCAAGCAGGAAGCCUGCGCCGAAGUAUCCUGCGCGUAAAUCUCCAUCCCGUGUGGUUAAGGAAACUCCAGAAGUGAAGGAGACGAAAGAAGUUAAGGAAACUAUUUCAAAAUCACCAUCAAAACGGGCAGCAAUUAAAAAGGACGUUGAAGUAAGACUUCAACAUGUAUCAAAGAUUGAAAUUAUGCGGAACAUUCGAGCCCGAAAUACGGAGAAUUCUGUGUCGGAUUUUGUGUUGCCGAAAGAUUUAUUUGAAACAGAUUUAACAUCCCGCGAAGAUCCGAAUGGUAUAGAGGAAUCGGAGAAACCAUCGCUUGACGAUAUAAUUACGACCACUUUAAGGAACAGAAGGACUGUAGAAGAGACUGCCCCACGUAGGUCUAGCAGAUUAAGGGAUGUAGUUGAUAGUGUACCAGACAUAAGACGUAGCUUUACAAAGUCACUUAGUAAGUCUGUAAGCAAAUCAAUUAGCCAGUCAAUUGCGUCUUACUCUGACGAGGAAGACGUGCCAUGGCCUAACGAUCCCCGUAAAUCCGAGUCUGUCAGUAGAAAGCUUACAACACCUUUGCCGAGCGCAUUGGCACCUCCCUUCAAUAAUAAGUAUGAAUUUGCUGGGAGAGCAGGUGCUGCAGCGCUAUACAUAGUUAUACCAUUGACAGUAUUUUAUAUACUUAUGUCUUGCUCAAAAGCAUGCUCAUACAAAACUCUCAACGAGCUAAUGUUAUACAAGACUUUAUCAGCUUGGUUUAGUAUCCAAUCAGUGAUGAUUGUCAUCGGCAAUUUACUUUUACAAGCAAUUUUUUUGUCUAUACCUGUUUUUGGAGGUAAAGAGGUCGACGAGCACGGCAGAAAGCAACAUUUCAAUGCAACUUUCUCAAGUUUUUGCACAGUAACCAUAUUGUUUGUACUAGAUUAUUAUGGUAUACUGAAAAAUGAUUCUUUAUUGAGCUCCUAUUUGCAAAUGGCAAGCGUUUCUUACAUAACAGCAAUAAUUUUGGCAUUGAUAAUGUAUUGGAAGAGCAGUAAAGUUGAUAGAAGUGAUUUGAAUCCUUAUGGUAACUCAGGAUACCUAUUAUAUGACUUCUUUAUUGGCCGAGAGAUACAUGCCACUCUAUUGAAGAUAAAUGUAAAACUUUGGAUAGCAAGAGUCUCUAAUAUCAGUGCUCUAACUUUGUCUGUCUUAAUCUUCAAACAUGGGUUUAAUAUUCAAGACAAAAUAACCAUUAACAAUAUAUCAUUGGAUGAGCUUCAAAAUGCUUUUAAUAAAAUAAACUUCAAGCCAACAGUACUCGUGUACUCAAUGAUGCAAAUCAUUUAUGCAUUGUACUUUAUUAUGAGGGAAAGGAAGAUUGUGUCAACUUUUUAUUGGAAUUCUGAAGGUUUAGGCUAUCUUCAGAUUGUUUCGAGCGCUCUAUACCCAUAUAUCUUUACGACUAUAUCUAAAAAUGUGGCUGAAUCUAGCAUUGACCUGACGUCAAACACUUUGAUAGCCGCUUCCACACUCUUCCUGCUGGGCUUCCUUAUAAUGCUUAUCAGUAACAACAUUAAAUAUGAAUUCAGAAAAAAUCCAAUGCAGCCUAGCUUGAUGCACUUAGAUUCAAUGCCAACGUUCCACGGCAAGAAGCUCCUAGUCUCCCACGUAUGGGGUAUCGUGCGACAUCCCAACUAUAUGGGCGAUAUAUUGAUACACGCUGCUUUGGCAAUACCAGGUAUCAUGUCUCAGCAAGCGAUCGCCGCGGCUCCAGCGCUGGUCACCGUAGCGAUGCUGCUGCACCGCUGCUGGCGGGACCACGGCCGGUGCCGGCGACGCUACGGCGCCGCGUGGCAGAGGUACUGCGCGCGGGUGCCCUCCGCUGUCAUACCAAAGAUAUUGUAGAUCGACUCGCCGCCAUUGUUGAAUCAGUGUUGCCAGGCGCGAUGUAUUAAACUACUCAACGGAAAAAUAGGUGGAUCAUUCUUCAUACAUUGUUUGUUUUAGGAAAAAAAAACUUUUAUAUAACUGUAUUUUUGGUCUAGAUAGCAGGGUAAUUGCGUAUUGCGAGUACCAUGACAUCUCACAAAAUAUUUAAAUUGAAGGUAAAGUUAAAAUGAUUUUUUUAUAAUACACCGCUAUUUCCUUGAUUUCUGUUUGUAUAUUUUAAAUUUUGCAAUGUUUUUAUAAAAUAUACGAAUAUCGUAUAUCUCGUACUCACGUAUUGUCUGUCUGUUUUAAUCUGUUAUUUUGUCCAAUCAUUUGCAGCAACUUCAGGGCGGCAAAUCUUGAUGCAAAAGUUACAUUUAAAAUUAUCUUUGAAUGUCAAAUUGAAAAAAAAAAAUAAGAAAAAACACUGUUUUUACUCAUAUUUGCAUACAAUAAUCAUUAACUAUAAAAUAAAAUACCGGUUUUUUUUAAUGUAUUUUCUUUCUAAAUUAUCGAUUAAAUUAAAGCCUAAGGUUAGUGAAAAGUCGGGAGAUUCGAAGUAAAAAAUAAGGGUGAAUUAGGGAACAGGGCAACAUUAGUUGAAACGUCUGGCUUUAAUAACUUUAUCGAUACUUUAAUUUUAGUAAUUAUGUGUGCAGAUUCUCUUUGAGAUGCCACUUUAUCAAUAUUUAUAUAUCUACGGAUAAUAAGUAUUUACUUAAAAAAAGGUUAAUAAUAAUAUAUACGAUGAAAUCUCUAAUGUUUACUAAAACUGUCCAAAAGAUUUCAAUUUAAUAUAACUAUAAGCAUUUUUCUCCAAAUGUUUAACAAAGCAAAUGUUAACUUGAAAAGUCUGUAAUAUGAAUGAUAUACAGGAUGCUCGGGAGUAUGUCCCAUAACUUCAAAGUAUUGAAGAGUCCACUUAUGAGCCGAACUGCAUAACUAAUAUUUUUUUAACUAAAAAAUAAAAACUUUUUAUGUUUUUGUAUGAAACAAAGUAAUACAAAUAAUUCCGACUAUCCAUGUAACACACCUUUAUCUAUCCUUGCAUUUUAAAAUACGUCAAACUUGGCUACGUCAUAGUUAUAAGGAUGCGUAUAUGGGAUACAUUUUAAGAUCUAUUUACAAAAGAAAUAUUAUUCACACCGAAAAUAUAUAUUUUAGGACAUUUUUGAACAUUUUUAAUUAAUUUUCGGUAAAGAAUAUAACACCAGCGUUAUGAGAAAUAUUCCCAAGCACCCUGUAUAAAUAACAAUUUGAUGGUAAAAAUCAAUGCAGGCUAUUGCCAUUAUGCCAAAAAAAAAGUAACUUAAAAAUUAGAAUACUGCUCAAUCUCUAUAGUAUAAUUUAAUUUAAUUCAAAUUAAGGUAUAGCUACAUUAAGAGGCGCAGAUUAAAAAAAAAACAAAUAAGUAAUAGAAUAAAAUGUCUAUAAGCAACGAAAUAUAGAAGAAUAAUAUUUAAAACAGGGUUGUUUAAAUAAUUUUAUACUAAAAUAAAAAAAAAAUAGAUUUUUUCCCAGUCGAUAAAUCACUAACAAGUUUCUCAUUUUAGUGAAAAUUAUCCUCAGAAGAGGAUUUUGCAUUAUCAUAUCAUUAACCGACUUCCAAAAAGAAGGAGGCUCUACGUUCAGCUGUAUGUAUUUUUUUUUUAAUAUUUUAUUUAUUAUUUUAUUUAUGAAGAUCGAUCUUUUAGUGUAAAUAAAUUAUUGAAAAUGAAAUAUUGUCAAAAAAAUAUUUGUAUAAAUCUCGUCUCGUUUUUCUCGUGUAAUUUAGCAAACAUUGUUCAUUUUAUAAGUACGUUCAUUCAUCAUUAUUUCAUUUUAAUUUUUUUUAUUAGUCUGCGCCAGUAACGACUUAAUGCAGUGGCCGUAUGAUGUAUUUUACAGUUGUCUAUGAAGUUUUAAAUACAUGCGGUCGACUCAGACCAAUUAUUAUUAUAUAGAACCUGCCUUCGCUACACGUUACUUUUCUGUCAAAGUAUAUGAUCAACGAUCUAAUGCGAUUAUAAAAACUGUCUCUGUAUCGAUGUCGCAUAGUUGUAAUCGUGUUUGUCGGUUAAAGAGCUCCGUAAAAAUAUCUUUUUGUGUAGUUGAAUGGUGUAAAAAACGGGCAUAAACUCUAGUUUAGUAUAAGAUAUAUACCAAAUCUAAGCUCGUUGUCCUCAGAAAGUGACAGACAAUUUUGUUCGCGAAUUUGGGAGCGAUACUGGUCCUUCUGUAAUUGGUCUGAGGCGGUCGAUUAUAAAGAUGCAUUACCUAAAUUGGAUUCGGCAAUCGUUAACGGCACAAAAACUUACAAAUUGUCGAAAAAACACGCCAUUUACGAGUAAAUGCAAGAGCUAUGAAGUUAAUUAUAUUAUUUCAAAGUGUAAAUACACUUUAAGAAAAAGUUUAUACAUUUCGUUCAAUUUCUAUGUGUCACUUCUAGAUCGCAUGUGUUUUUUUUAUCUUUGCGUGCCACUGGUUAUAAAAGAGUUCGUGUAUUUAAAAAUUGUAUAAUUUAUGUUAUUUAGAGAUUUAAAUAUUAAAUUAAUGUGUGUUAGGAUACGAAAUCUCUUCCCGUAUAUUUUACAUAGUUGUAGAAUAUUUACAUAUUUUAAUAUUAUCAUGUAUAGAAAUAUAUUGUCGUCCUUCAAUGACAAUCACUAAAAUUUUAUCUCUUCUUAUUCGAAAAAAUCUACAUUGUAUGGAGUUCUAUAUUUACAACUUUAUUUGUAAAAUACCUAUGUAUUAGGUAAGUUUAUCAGGUAUUUUUAUUUUAUAUAGGUAAACUAAUAGUAAAAAAAAAAUAUGGAUUUUUUAUACUUUACACUAAGGAUGGAAUUAAUUUUUUUUUACGAUAUUUUACUUCUACAAUAAAUUGUAUUUUUAAAUAUAGAAUAAUCAUAAUAUUUUCAAUGAAAUUAAUCUAGAUGUCUAUUUCGAGAACAAUGUCCUUGCCAUACAUUUACCACCGGACAUUAGCUCUCUAUUAAUUUUAGUAAAUUAGUUAUUAUUAUAUUAAUUCUACAAUACGAUAUUUCUAUUUGUAAGGUUCUAUUAAUAAUAAUAUAUUUUAGUAAUAAUAUUUAAACUAUAAAAAAUACAUUUAUUCUUGCCAGGCUCCUCAAGAUCUCUCCCCUAUCAGAGUGGGAGUUAGUGGAAUUCAUAGACGUUGUAGGGGGCACCCCCAGGAGAUCAUUCACCCGCUGAGUAUCAAAUUUUCAAACAAAUGGAGGUUAAAUUCGACACUCAGCGGCUGAAUGAUCCUCUGGGGGUACCCCUACAAUGUCUAUGAAUAACACUGUUAGAGUUUACACCCACCAUGCUGGUCCAAUGUGCGGUAGCGAGAUUGGAGUGGCAGUUUUUAAUACUUUAAAAGACAUAAUUAAUUAAAAACAUCUUUUCAAAUUUCGGCGCUGCUGCUGAAAAAUAAUUCAGUUUUACUUACUUUCAAGAAGUUUUUAACUAGGACUCAAACUCGGGAACUAUAAGUUCAUGACGGCAAUGGUUUAACCACUAGCAGUUAAUAUUUUUUUAUAAACAUGAAGACUUAACAGUGCGUUACAUUUUUUUUUAGUUUCGCAAUAAAAAUAAUAUUAUAUUCAUUGAAAUUACAAUAUUUCUUCAUCAAUAUGAAUCAAUAAAUGUAUUCAAUCUAUAAGUAAUCUACUGAAUGUAGCUUUACUUUUGUACUAAUUUUAAAAUUAAAUAGUUUUUAGUGAUAAAUAAUUUAAGAUAGUAAUCGUUACGAAUUAAUAUUGUAUAAAAUUAUUAUGGAAUUUAUGUGCCUCAAAAUUGUUAUUUUUCGGUGUUUCGACUAAACAAAGGCACUAUUAGCUCAAAAUAUAUGUGAAUUUAAGCUAUCGUUCGUGGAAUCUGUAUGUUCUCGAUAAUAAAUGUAUACAUUAUAAUUUUGUAAAUAUA